AUGGCCGGCGCCGGCGAAUGCCCAACCACAUUGAGCCUUCUGCGGCCACCAGAGAGCCCACAAGUGAUUGGCCAGCCUCCACGGAUGGAUCACUACAACAAGAUGGGCAGCUCCCUUGCCGACCUCACGGACGACCUCCUCGUGGAGAUUUUCUCCCGUCUCCCGGUCAAAUCCGUCUGCCGUUCCAAGUGCGUCUCUCGGUACUGGCACGGCCUCAUCAGCCACCGCGCCCACCGCAAGAAGCUCCCACAGACUCUCUCCGGCUUCUUCAGCCGCCACAUUAGCCAGGGCGACGGCCCCCGUUUCGACAGUACCUUGGGAGGACAGGAGCGGCAUGUUUCUGACCCAUCAUUGUCCUUCUUGCCCGGCUAUAGGACUGUUAGGCCCGUAGACUGCUGCAAUGGCCUCCUCCUAUGCCUCUGUUCCAAGGAUAGCACCAGCAAUGAACGCAAUUACGUGGUGUGCAACCCAGCUACAGAGAAAUGGCUAAUCUUGCCUGAUUCCGGCCGCCACAACGAGGUCUUUGCAAGACGUUUGUGCUUCGAUCCGGCCAUCUCAUCCCGCUUCCAUGUCUUCUCCAUUCUAGAGGAUGUGGAUGAUUGCAUCACUGACGUGGAGAUAUACUCGUCGGAAGCAGGUGAGUGGAGUCACAAGGAGAAUGGUUGGUCCCAAGAAAUUAUGUUGUACGACAGAAGCGUCUUUCUCAAUGGCAUGCUGUAUUUCAAAUCCUAUGAUUCGGCGGUAGUUACCGUGGACAAGGAGGGGAAGACAUGGAAGACCAUUCCUUUGCUGGAAACUAUGGCUGUUGAGAUCUCUCUUGUCUCAAAUGAAGCUCUAAUUGGCCAAUCUCAGGGCCGCUUGCAUUAUGUGAAUGCUAGGGACAGAGAUGCCUCCACACUAUCAGUCUGGAUCCUAGACAGCCAUCACAGCGGUAAAUGGAUCUUCAAGUACAAUAUCAGCACUUCCAAGCUUUUCGGACAUAAGGGAUUCAGGCUUUCACGAAACUAUAGUUUGAUUGCAAUUCAUCCGGACUGCAACCUGAUUUUCAUUAUUUUGAAUGGUGAGAAUUUGCUACUGUCGUAUGACAUGGAUCGCGGGAAAGUUCGUGUUAUCCACAAUCUCAAAGAUCCUUUUGAUGAGCGAUACAAUCCAUAUCUUCCAUAUGUUCCCUUGUUCACAUAG